UUUACAGUGACCGCCGGUGGUAUUUAUCCAGUUUGGCUAUUCACCGCUAUACAAAACCACCUCCGCCGUGAAAAAUCUGGCGAAGGAGAGAGCAAAAAGGGGGAUUGAUCAGCGAUGAGAGGUUUCGGAAGAUUGGUGCGCCGAGCUGUUCUACAGAGCAGUAACUCCGGCGAAUCACUACCAAAACCCUUCAAUUCACACAACUCCGCUAGGGGUAUAUACGUAUCUCGUCGGCUUCUCUUCUCUUAUUCAUCUCCGUCCGGUGGCUGUUCAGAUUCAACCUCGUUGAAGAAUUCUCUACGCUUAUCUCAAUGGAAUCAUAUGAAAGGGCAGAGAAGGAGCAUGUUUAUCCAAACACAGUCAACUCCUAAUCCUGCUUCUCUCAUGUUCUACCCUGGAAAACCAGUCUUGGAAACCGGUACUGCGGACUUUCCUAACGCACGUUCUGCUAUGAGUUCGCCGCUUGCAAAGACUCUGUUCGGAAUUGAUGGAGCUACCAGGGUGUUCUUCGGGUCAGAUUUCAUAACCGUGACAAAAUCGGAAGAAACCUCAUGGGAUUUUCUGAAACCUCAAAUAUUCGCAGCGAUCAUGGAUUUCUAUUCGUCUGGGCAGCCAUUGAUAAUGGAUUCCGAAACUGCAGCUUCGAUGGACACAGCUAUCCAUGAAGACGAUUCGGAAACUGUAGCCAUGAUCAAAGAACUUUUGGAGACUCGUAUUCGUCCAGCUGUACAAGAUGACGGUGGUGAUAUUGAGUACGUGGGGUUCGAUAUAGAGACGGGUAUAGUUAAACUAAGAAUGCAAGGGGCAUGCAGCGGUUGCCCUAGCUCGUCGGUCACUCUGAAAUCUGGGAUUGAGAAUAUGCUAAUGCAUUAUGUGACAGAGGUCAAAGGUGUUGAACAAGAAUUUGAUGCUGAAGAUGAAGAUCCAGCACUAAGUGGAGCAACACAUGAAUAAUUAGCACCCAAGUUUUGAAGGAUCUCUGCAGGUUAAACUAACUACAUUUCCACUUAAUCCUGCGAUUUUUUUUUAAGUUGUUUUUAUUUUUUGAAGCUGCAGUAUAAUAAUUUAAAUGAUUAUAUAGUUAUUUAUUUAUUUAUUUAUUUUCUUGUUUUAACUUUCAGAUUGCUGCUCAAACAUUUGCAGGACCCUUAAUUUAUGUACUUCCUCAAUUUUCUCUUUGGUUACUUUUUUUUUUUUUUUUUUUUUUUUUUUUCCGAUUUUGCAUACUAUUAAUUGUGUUGAUAAACAUGCAAGUCGUUAUCGUAUUUUUACUUUUAUUUAAAAAUUAGUGCUCAAUUGUGGG